AUGUCUGGGACCACGCUGCUAAAAGUCCCCCAGGGUCUGUUCUUUGACUACAUAUUUCAUCGUUGGCAGACAAGGAGCAAAACACUGCUUAUCAGAGACGUGCCUAAUAGCAAGGAGGCUAAUGUGGAACGUUUUCUCUUCGACGUGAUAACAGUAAAGGAAAAGAUUUACUAUCAGCUUGACGAUAUAGCGAGACAGCGGCUCAAAGAGCCCGACGUGGAUGUUUUUGUGGCUGUGCUUGCCGAUGCUGGUUAUUCGUUUACUGUACUUCUAUUUGCCUUAUAUGCUCUGGGGGCCACUACAGUACCUCUUUCUCCGACCGUGCUUCCAGAGGAAGGAUGCUAUAUUAUGCACUUGUGCAAUGCCUCCCUCCUGGCAACGGUGCCAAGAAUGGUAAAAAACGCAGAAGCAAUAGCUGAGCUUACCAGUACCAGGAUUUUCUCAUUUGACAUGAUGUUGUCGGAAUUGCCGGUGAACCUUCGGUUCACGCUCCAAUCCGAGGGAACUCCAAUCGAGUCGAGUAAAGGAUUUGUUCUCCUGCAGACAUCUGGGACCACAGGUCUUCCCAAAGGUGUCUUACACACUCGCCGUGCAGUAGAGAUUGGGAUUUCCAAACGUGCAGAGUCGUUGAGAACGUCUGAAGAUGAUAUCAUGCUUCACACGUCUCCCGUUCAUUGGGCUGCUGGAUUUUCAUAUUGCGUUGCGGGUGUUAUCUCUGGAGCGUGCAUCGAAUUCUGCAGAGCUGUUUUUAGCCUCGACUGGCUCACACAGCGUUUGCAGAAAGGUGAUGUAAGAUCAAUGAUUUUACCCCCAAAUGUCCUUGAUGCGCUAGCAGAAAAGGUUUCCAUGGCCCAGAGAACGUGGCCUCUGUCACAAUCAAGAGCAUUGUUGCAUGGUAUAGACUCUAUGCGUAUGAUUUUCACCGGAGGAAUGAGGGUUCAUUCAUCUACUCAAGCUACGUGGGAGAAGCUCCGAGGUGGCCGUCCACUUGUUGUCGUUUAUGCCAUGACAGAAACACUCGCCGCGGUGUCAAUGCAAAGACAUGAGACUGUGGCCGAAAGGGAGCCUGAUUGCUGCGGAAGCAUCAUGCCAUAUAUAGAUGCCAAAAUAAGUGAUACGGGAGAGAUAUGCAUAAAGGGACCAGUUAUGUUCAAAAAAUAUCUUUCCUGGGAUUCCACUAUUAUGCAUGGGGCCUUUGACUCGGAAGGUUACUAUAAGACUGGAGACAUUGGACGAAUCAAGAAUGGCUUGUUGUUCGUUCUAGGUAGAGCAUCCUAUGACGUAAUCCGCUUCCGUGGGUGGAAAAUAUACGCACCAGAGGUCGAAGAUGGGUUAGAGAAGCACCCAUUGAUAGCAAGAGCAAUUGUUGUCGGUGUUCCUGACCGUCAAGCCGGACAUCGAGUAGGAGCUCUACUGGUUAUGAAAGAUCCGGAAAGCUAUCGCCCUUCAAAGCAGGACCACUGGGAUCUGUCACCAAAUUUGAACCUUUCCAGCUUGCAAAGGUGGUUAGCACUGGAACAACGGCUUUCGGUGUAUAAGCUGCCUACCCUGCUACGACUGGUGAGAGCGGCAGACACCGUCCCAACUACCACGUCUGGCAAAGUACAGAAACCUGAAAUUGUACAUUCAUUCUUCAGCAAUUCAGACCUCGCAAGUGGGCAGGUGGAAUUCGGCGAUUUUCUUGCGAAAGGGGGGGAGGAAUACCCUAAGCCUUUUGACUGGGCGGGAAUCCAAGAUGACUAA